AUGCCCGUGGCAGCCACUGGCACAGAGCCUGCUGCUCCUCAGGGCCUGGACUCCCUGAGUGACAGCAACAGCUCUACCACUGCCAAUGACCUUGACCUCAUCUUCCUCAAGGGCAUUAUGGAGAGCCCUGUGGUGAGUGUCCACACAAGCCCAGAGAGUGUGGAAGAGACAAGGCUGGAGGCAGUACGGGAUAAUAACAUUGAGCUGGUGCAGGACAUCCUUAGAGAACUCAGCCCAUUCACACAUCGCAGUAACACAGCAGCCGAGCUCUCUCAAAUUCUCAACCAGCCACACUUCCAGUCUCUUCUGGAGACGCAUGAUUCGGUUGCCUCUCAGGCGUGUGAGACCCCGCCCCUCAGCCCCUCAGCCUUCAUCGAACCCCCUCCUUUGAGUCAGCUCAUGCCUCCCGACGCAGUCCGUAUGGUUGGCAUUCGCAAGGUGUCUGGGGAACACCUGGGCGUGACGUUCCGUGUGGAGAAUGGAGAGUUAGUGAUUGCACGCAUCCUCCAUGGUGGAAUGAUUGACCGGCAGGGGCUCCUCCGUGUUGGUGACAUUAUUAAGGAGGUGAACGGACAGGAGGUGGGUGAUGACCCCCGUGUGCUCCAGGAAAUGCUGCAGGAGGCAAGUGGGAAUCUGCUCCUCAAAGUCCUCCCCAGUUACCAGGAGCCCCAGCCCCCACGCCAGGUGUUUGUAAAGUGUAACUUCGACUAUGAUCCAGUCAACGACAAUCUGAUCCCAUGUAAAGAGGCGGGGCUGAGAUUCAGCAGUGGAGACAUCCUACAGAUAGUUAACCAGGAGGAUGUCAAUUGGUGGCAGGCACGCCAUGUGGAUGGGGGUAGAGCUGGCCUGAUUCCCAGUCAGCUUCUGGAAGAAAAGAGGAAAGCUUUCGUCAAGAGAGACGUGGAGCUCACGCCAGCAGGAGCUCUGUGUAGUGGAAUCGGAGGCAAGAAAAAGAAAAAGAUGAUGUACUUAACCACCAAGAAUGCAGAGUUUGACAGACACGAGCUUCUAAUAUAUGAAGAGGUAGCAAAGAUGCCACCAUUCCAGAGGAAGACCUUGGUUUUGAUUGGUGCACAAGGAGUGGGGAGGCGGAGCCUGAAAAACAAGUUGCUCAUUUCAGAGCCUCAGCACUAUGGCACUACCAUUCCAUACACCUCCAGGAAGCCCAAGUCUGGUGAGAGGGAAGGAAUGAUGUACGCUUUCACAUCCCGGAGCAAGAUGGAGGCAGACAUUAAGAAUGGUAGAUAUCUGGAAUAUGGAGAAUAUGAUGGCAAUCUCUAUGGCACCAAAAUUGACUCCAUCCACGAGGUGGUGGAGGCUGGUCGGAUCUGCAUCUUAGAUGUCAACCCACAGGCGAUUAAGAUCAUGAGAACCUCGGAGUUCUUACCUUACGUGGUCUUCAUCAAGGCUCCUGAGUUUGAAGUCUUGAAGGCCAUGAAUAGAUCGGCCAUCGAGGUGGGCGUGGCGACUAAACAGCUAACGGACUCUGAACUGAAGAGGACAGUGGAGGAGAGCAGCAGGAUUGAGCAGGCCUAUAGAUACUACUUUGACCUCACCAUCAUAAACGACAACCUGGACGGAGCAUACCGGAACCUCAAGGCCUCACUGGAGAAACUGAAUGGAGCCCAGCAGUGGGUACCUGUCAGCUGGGUCUUCUAG